AUGUCAUUCAAGUCCUCGGGUCCCAAAACCCGUCCUUCACGCGUCAAAUCCCCAUCCGGCGCACCUCCCUCUCCACCCCACCCGCAACCAGCAACCACUUCGCGCACAUCCCGGCCACGCCGCGCCUCCAGCGCCUCCUCCUCAUCCAGCACGACCUCCUUCCACUCUGCUCACUUCCCCGCCGCCGAAGAAGCCCGCAUGGUCGCCGCCUCCCACAGCAUCAAGACGGCCGCCAAUGCGCAGUUCGCCGCCGCCGACUACACCUCGGCCAUUGGCUCAUAUGAUCGUGCGGCGGCGGAGCUGCCCAGCUACUUGGACUACGAGAUGGCUGUGCUGCAGAGCAACAUUGCCGCGUGCCACCUGAAGAUGGAGGAGUGGAAGGAGGCGCUGGCGGCGUGUGAGCGUGGGCUUGACGGCUUGGAGAAGGAGUGGCCUUUGCCGAAGAGGAAGGGGGUUCGGUCGGAGGAGGAAAAGACUGGGGUGACGGACGGGGCGAGGAAACAUGAGCAGCAGGAGAAGGAGCAGGACACGGGGGAGGGUGAGGGUGAGGGAAAGGUGGUGGAGUUGCCGGAGGAUGCGGACGAGGACGAGGUGCAGGAGCGAUUACGGGAUCUGGACUUGUCCGACAGCAAGAAGGCGGAUAUCACUCGCAUACGGAUCAAGCUGUUGCUGCGACGAGCCCGGGCACGGUCGUCGAUCACGCCGGCGAGUUGGUCGCAUCUGGCGGGGGCAGUGGAGGACUACUCUCUUCUAUCGACACCGGAGUACAUGUCGCAGCUGCCGACGUCGGAUCAGAAGACGGUGCGAAGAGCACUGGUCGAGUUGCCCCCAAGAGUGGAUGAGGCCAAGCAGAAGGAGGUGGCGGACAUGAUGGGGAAGCUCAAGGAUCUAGGUAACGGUAUUCUGAAGCCGUUUGGAUUAAGUACGGACAUGUUCAAGAUGACGCAGGAUCCAAACACUGGGGGGUGGAGCAUGGCGUUUGACCAGGGCGGUGGGAAGGGCGACGGCGGUGCAGCGAGCAGGGGUGGGGCAAAGUCAGAAGAGUGA